CCUCUCCUUUGCCCUCGACAUCUUUAACCGCCCUCCUACGCUCCCUCGCCUCGGUGCGACGCUCUCUGUCCUCCCCCGCGCCCCGCCGCACCCACCAAACCCUCGUACUACGUCCGCGCAAGCGCUCGAGUCCCCGACAACCCAUUGCGAAUCGAUCGCCGCCCUUGACCCUAGGCCUUCGCGAUGCCGCUCUGUGGUGGAACAAAGUCUGUGCAGCGCAAGCUAGUGCUCCUCGGCGACGGUGCUUGCGGCAAGACAUCGCUGCUCAAUGUCUUCACAAGAGGGUACUUCCCUACGGUAUACGAGCCUACCGUCUUCGAGAACUAUGUGCAUGAUAUCUACAUCGACAACACGCACGUAGAGCUCAGCCUGUGGGACACGGCCGGCCAGGAAGAAUUCGACCGGUUACGAUCGCUCAGCUACGAUGACACGCACGCUAUCAUGCUUUGCUUCAGCGUCGAUUCACCCGAUUCUCUGGAGAAUGUCGAGACCAAAUGGGUCUCCGAAAUCGCAGAGAACUGCCCUGGCGUUAAGCUUGUCUUGGUCGCCCUCAAGUGCGAUUUGCGAAAGAAGGACGAUGAUGACGAGGGCGCACAACCUGAAAAGGCCCUGAUUCAAUACGACGAAGGCCUCAAGGUUGCCGAAAGAAUCAAAGCCCUUCGAUAUCUAGAGUGCUCCGCCAUGAAGAAUCGAGGCGUGAACGAGGCCUUCACAGAAGCUGCGCGUGUUGCCCUGUCGGUCAAGACAAACAAGGACCAGAGCAGCAGCUGCACCGUUAUGUAAACUUCGAUUUGUCGACGGGUUCGACCCGACAACCGACCCAUCGUCACAUCCACCUUACAACCCUUUUGAAUACCCUUCUUUGACUCUUCAUUUGUACUUGGCUGAAAUUCCUCUUUCCAGGAAAAAGCUCCCCGAUAGUCUCGCGUCUUGGAUUUGAACAUCUCAUACGAUCUGCUGAAGCGAUCAUUGCGACUGGACUGAUAUCCUCCUUCGUCUCGCAUCAGCUGCUUGGCUUUUGCCUGGUUUUCAUUCUUCUCACAGCCUUUUUACACUUCAACUGUGCAUUUUUGGUCAUCGUUGGAUAUCCUGGUUGGAUAACUAUGGAGAUGUACCCUUUCUAGUCUGGUUUAGUAUACGCAGAAACGAUUAUGGCUGAGUUACAGUCAGGCCUCGCGGUCAUUGAACG